UGUAAUGGAUUGUUUUUACUAAAAUGAAAGUCCCACGAAAUAACUUGGGUCCAGAAAACUGGAUUGGUGGAAUUGGCAGAUAUAGUUACCUCCUGACUGAUUGGGAAAUUGGAUAAAGAUUAGCAAAAUGGGCUGCAUAAAAUAUAUUGUAGGAAUUAUGGAUGAACAUGUGGUCUAUCCAAACUUGUAAUGAAUUUGUGAGUGGUUACAUUUCUCCAGGAUCAACCUACAGAAACAUCAAGGAGAAGACGAUGAUGUUUUGUUAAUGUCUGAAUGACUGUUUACCACUUUAAUGACCACUAAAAUAAGUGGUGUCCCUGAAUCCUCAAGUACGUCCUUUGUGCAUAUUGCUUGGCUUGCCAAAGUUCUUUCUCCAGGCCAACACUAGAAUGAAUGUGUCUGUUGUGUGGGAAAUCCACCAUGUUGCAUGCAAAUGAAAUGUCCAUAAUUCUGGAAUCACACAAACAUUUUACCAACAAGAAUAUAUAAUCUCUGAGUGGUAUUAAUUUGAGUUGAUAGUUAUUCAAUCAUUUGCUCAACCACUGAGGGAGCCAUGCGACAAUUACAGCCAGCCAGGCAAAAUUCCAGUCUCGUGUGCGACACAAGCAUAGUUUUCGGGUCAGCAAGUGUGUUAUGUAACUAUGUGUGACAAGGGUCAGCCAGGCUAUAAUAACCCAAUCCCACCACUGGCGUGAGAAUGAUCUUAACUCUCACCAACCACAGCCAGUGCUGUGCAAUACAACAGAACCUCUCAUUUUUACUAUUUAUUCAUUUAUAUUACAGCAGUUUUCAUUCUAGUCAGGCAGUGGAAUGCUCUUUUGGAGCAAUUUUAUGGAACAACAAACGAGAAUAAGAAUUUAUAUUAAUAAAGAAAACUUUCCUGUACCUGAAACUUGAAUAUAAUUUGCAUCUGUCGAAGAACGGACCAAACCAUUAACCAUUAAGCGUUAACGAGAGUUCCUUACCUGUACUAAUACCUUCAGUAUUCUCUUUGGAUAUUAAUCUGCACCAUCUCAGUAAUCAUGGUUGGAGUGAAGCACUGUGACUUGGCCCCUACAGCAGCUGUAAAGUUCUUUGGAGCAGGAAUUGCAGCAUGUGUUGCUGACCUGAUCACCUUUCCCUUGGAUACAGCUAAAGUUAGGCUACAGAUCCAAGGUGAGUACAAGUCAUCUGAGGGGAAGAAGGUGAUUAGGUACAGAGGCGUGUUUGGCACCAUCAACACCAUGGUGAAAACAGAGGGGCCCAGGAGCCUCUACAAUGGCCUGGUGGCAGGACUCCAGAGACAGAUGAGCUUUGCGUCGGUCCGCAUCGGACUCUACGACUCCAUGAAGCAGUUCUAUACCCGUGGAACCGACAAUGCAGGCAUUGGAAGCCGGUUAAUGGCCGGCUGCACGACCGGGGCCAUGGCAGUAGCCUUCGCUCAGCCCACAGACGUGGUGAAAGUACGAUUUCAAGCACAAGUAAGGGGAGCUGACAAGAAGGGGGUGAAGAGAUAUAAUGGCACCAUGGAUGCCUACAGGACCAUUGCUAGGACUGAGGGCAUCAGAGGGCUCUGGAAAGGUUGUGGUCCAAACAUCACUCGCAAUGCCAUAGUGAACUGUUCGGAGCUGGUGACCUAUGACAUCAUUAAGGAUCUUAUUUUGAAUUAUAACAUCAUGAGUGAUAACCUGCCCUGCCAUUUUGCUGCAGCCUUUAAUGCUGGUUUCAUCACCACUAUUGUAGCAUCUCCUGUAGAUGUAGUGAAGACCAGGUUCAUGAACUCUUCAGCCGGACAAUACAGCAAUGCUGUUAAUUGUGCUAUUAUCAUGAUGAAAAACGAGGGACCCCUAGCCUUUUAUAAAGGGUUUAUGCCUUCUUUCCUUCGCCUGGGCUCCUGGAACAUUGUAAUGUUUGUCACAUAUGAGCAAAUCAAGAGACAAGCAAUGAAAGCUCAGCAGUCCUGGGAAACUCCUAUUUAACCACCUUACUUAAUGAAUGACUGCGCUUACUGGCAAUGACAUUUCCAGCCAUGGACUGAGCACACCAUCUAAGCAAGGCAAAACACAAGAAUAAGGCUGGUCCCAGAUCUGUUCACCACAUUUCUUUGUGAGGAACACAAACAGAUGCGAUCCUUGUCAAGCCAUGAGUGACAAGGAGUUCACGUGAUUGCCUAAAUAAGUAUGUCUCGCAUGUCUUGCACUGGGCAGAGACCAUGGGCCAUACAGAGACUAUGGACAUAACUUUGUGACUCAAUAAUUGGAAUGUGCUAUUGGUUCAUCACGCUUAUCUUUAAGAUAGGGAUCCUGUAUUGUGCUUACUCGCUGGUCGAUGAUUGCACAAAAUAUGACAAUCAAUUAUUAUCAGUUUAUGACUGCCUAUUUGUUAAAGAUGAGCACUUUACCUCCAAAUGUCCAUGAAUUAUGAAUUGUCCGUAACUGAAUUAUUGUAUAUGUGGUAGCUUGAUGUGCAGGUGUGUCCCCAAAAUGACGCCAUUCCCUAUUAAGUGCCCCAGUUCUGACAAAGUCCAUAGGGAAUGUGGUGCCAUUUGGGACGUAACCCAGAGAUCAGUUGAAGUUGAAAAUAAACGUUUCCCCAAUGUUUGCACUAUCUAACAGUUCUAAGAGGUAUCCAACAUCUAUUAACUCUACUGGAUAUUUACAUAUACUAUUAUCCCUACACACAUAAUUGUUCUAGGUGGGACAAAUAAACUCCUGGCUAAAAGUAUUA